AUGAAAGAUAGGAUCUCAGGCACAGAAGAUAGAAGAGAAGAAAUUGAUAUCACGACUAUUUCACUCUUUUUUGCCUACAGGAUUUCCAUAUCCAAAACCCGCCUUAUAUCUAUGCACCCAGUCUUUCGAAAAUUAAUUGUUCUGAUUUGUAUUGUAGGAGAGAUUGGAAUAUGUGCGGCAUACUUGGUGUUGGAGCCUCCGAGCAUGUUGAAGAACAUUGAAAUUCAAAAUGUAAAGAUUAUCUUUGAAUGCAAUGAAGGUUCUAUAGAGUUUCUGUGUUCCAUAUUUGGGUUUGAUGUUCUUCUGGCUCUGCUGUGUUUCCUUACAACCUUUGUGGCUCGCCAGCUGCCAGAUAACUAUUAUGAAGGGAAAUGCAUCACUUUUGGGAUGCUGGUAUUUUUCAUUGUCUGGACCUCUUUUGUCCCUGCUUACUUGUGCACUAAAGGCAAAUUCAAAGUGGCUGUGGAAAUUUUUGCCAUUUUGGCAUCCAGCUAUGGCUUGUUAGGAUGUCUAUUUCUUCCCAAGUGCUUCAUUAUCUUGCUGAGGCCAAAGAGGAACACUGAUGAAACUGUUGGUGGAAGAGUUCCCACUGUUGACAGGAGCAUCCAGCUGACCUCAGCUUCUGUGAGCAGCGAGCUUAACAGCACCACAGUGUCCACUGUUCUGGAUGAGUAG